UACGGUGCAGUGAAGUUUUAUCAUAAUCUCCCUUCAUGGCCGUCAGAGAAAUAUUGUUUUUUGGUGAAGUUUCAUUAGUUUCCUUAUGUGGUUUGUGCGUCGUGUAGUAUCUUGUGUGGUCUUAGGGUUCUGGUGAUUAGUUGUGUUUAAGUUAUAAUUCAGGCCAAACCAAUGUUUAGUGGAACCGUGCGAGUGAAAAUAUGCGAAGCUUGCGGGUUGAGACCUACAGAUUUUCAAAAACGACACAACAUGAUGACGUUUGGAAAACCAGAAGACCAACCCAUAGAUCCGUAUGUAUCAAUCGAUGUCGACGAAAACCAUUUGGAUAGGUCUUCAACAAAGCCAAAAACGUUUGACCCUGUUUGGAAUGAAAAUUUUAGCCACGAAGUUCAGAAUGCUGAAAGUUUGCAGUUGACAGUAUUUCAUGAUGCCGCCAUCCCACCAGACGAUUUUGUUGCGAAUUGCAGUAUUACUUUUGAAGAAUUACUGCAAAAAGACAAGGAUACAAAUGAUUUUUGGGUGGAUCUCGAGCCGCAGGGUAAACUGCAUGUUCGCAUUGAACUAAAAUGGGCUACCCAAGAUGCACACAACCAGAAGCCACGCGAGUUCAAGGAACGGCAAGGCUUCAACCGGCGCCGUGGUGCCAUGCGGCGGCGUGUUCACCAGGUUAAUGGUCACAAGUUCAUGGCGACAUUCCUGCGCCAACCAACAUUCUGCUCACAUUGUCGAGAGUUCAUCUGGGGUCUUGGGAAACAAGGCUACCAGUGUCAAGUUUGUACAUGUGUCGUCCAUAAAAGGUGCCAUCUGUCUGUAGUCACAAAAUGUCCUGGCAUGAAAGAUGAUGGAAAGUGUGCUGAUAGUCAAAGUAGUCAAGCCCAGAGGUUCAAUGUGAAUGUGCCACACCGAUUUGUAGUUCACAACUACAAGAGGUUUACAUUUUGUGAUCACUGUGGAUCCUUGCUAUAUGGCCUUAUACGACAAGGUCUUCAAUGUGAAGUGUGUAGUAUGAAUGUACAUAAAAGGUGCCAAAGAAAUGUCGCCAACAAUUGUGGAGUCAAUACUAAGCAAAUGGCUGAAAUCCUCUCGACAAUGGGCAUCUCCCCAAGUCGACCCAAGCUGACCACCCAGACUGGCAGCUCUCCAGGCAGCAGCAAUAUGAAUGCUGUAGACAGGGAGAAGGGGGAGAAGGGAGGCAGCAGCUCGCCUAUACCACCUGACGAGGAUGGAAAGCGUGUAGAUGACGACAAAAAACAGCAAGCUGACUCAGAGCGAAGAGCAGAGGGAGUUCGUAGAUUAGGUGUUGAUGAUUUUCAUUUCAUAAAAGUUUUGGGUAAAGGGAGUUUUGGAAAGGUCAUGUUGGCAGAGAGGAAAGGCUCUGAUGAAGUUUAUGCCGUCAAGGUUUUAAAAAAGGACGUCAUUAUCCAAGAUGACGACGUUGAUUGUACCAUGACGGAAAAACGAAUCCUAGCCUUAGCAGCCAAACAUCCAUUUCUGACAGCCCUCCAUUCUUGUUUCCAAACGAAUGACAGACUGUUCUUUGUCAUGGAGUAUGUGAACGGUGGUGACCUGAUGUUUCAAAUACAGAGAGCUCGCAAGUUUGAUGAGCCUCGAGCGAGGUUCUACGCUGCCGAAGUCACUCUGGCCUUGCAGUUUCUCCAUAAACAUGGGGUAGUUUACAGAGACUUAAAACUUGAUAAUAUCCUACUAGACAAUGAGGGUCACUGUAAAUUAGCCGACUUUGGAAUGUGCAAGGAGGGAAUCUUUGACGGUGUGACCACGACAACGUUCUGUGGCACCCCAGACUAUAUAGCUCCUGAAAUCCUACAAGAACUAGAUUAUGGGCCUAGUGUGGACUGGUGGGCACUUGGCGUACUCAUGUACGAGAUGAUGGCAGGCCAACCACCUUUUGAGGCUGACAAUGAGGAUGAUCUCUUCGAGUCAAUUCUCCACGACGAUGUGCUGUACCCAGUCUGGCUCACCAAGGAUGCUGUUUCAAUACUCAAAGGGUUUAUGACAAAGAACCCCGUGAAACGUCUUGGUUGUGUUGGUAGUGGGAAUCCUGAAGCAGCCAUCAGAGCCCAUGCAUUCUUCAAAGAAAUUGAUUGGGAUGCUCUAGAAUCACGUAAAGUCAAGCCUCCGUUCAAACCAAAGAUUAAAAAUAAGAAAGAUGCACUGAACUUUGAUGCGGAAUUCACAAAAGAAGAGCCUGUUUUGACACCUGUAAAUGCUGAUGUUGUUCGUUCAAUUAAUCAAGAUGAGUUUCGUGGCUUCUCGUUUGUCAAUGCAGACUUCAAUCCCAGCCGUUAUCAUCAUUCGAGCUCUGGUGACAAGAAUAAUUAGAACAAAUUUAGGAUUUAAGUUUUAUGUAUUAGGAGGAGCAGUCUUUCUCUCCCCUUCUUCUAAUUACAAGUUAAGAUAUAUUAUAUUCUAUAAAGUUUAGGAAAAGACAAACCCCAGUGAGUACCGUAAUGUUCAUAAAGCAAGAGUACUCACACUCUGCCUGAGGUCAUAAAAUAAUGCAAAAUAUUGUAUAAUUUAUAACGUAUGCCAGAGUAUAUUAUAUGAUGUGAUAUCAUAUUAUUAAUGUCGGUUACCAUUUUCUUAUUCCACUUAUAAUCAAAACAAAAAAAGAGUAAAAGUGACAAAUGAAACAUGUCUAUGAAUAGUGCUUAUUUUCUGCGAAUAUUGUUAAAAUAAAUCUAAAAUAUGCUUCGCGUAAAUUCGUUAGUUUAGAUAAAGAAUUAUUAUUGACCGAACAAAUUGUAUACAUGCGUAGUAUUUAAGAUAUGAUUAGAUACAGUUAAAUGAUGACAUGAUAUGUACUGUACCGUAUACAGAUAGCUUCUAGUCAGUGGUCUCCGUAGGUAUAUGGCGCACUGCGGUGCACUAUGGAACGCACAGUAUAGUUUCAAUCAUUAUCAUAGAUUACAAGAGGCCUACGUGUCCCAACUCGACACAUACCCUCUGUGACUGUGUUUUGUUUUUGUUUCAAUUUGAAACGCUCUUAUAAAUAGUGUAUAGUGUUAUAGAAUAUUUUCAUUUGAUCAAACCAGUGGUCCCGAAGGACAGUGCGUGUGUGGUGCUAUGUUUUAAUGGUCCGUUAUCUAGUCAUAUUGCUACAAACUGAACCUAAUUAUCUGAUUUUAUUUGAACGCGAUAUUUUCUAUGAUUCGCUAACUUGGCCUACACGUGUAGCUUUAAGUUGGAUGGUGGACAAGUGCAAUUGAGUGGAUUCAUUACAGUAUCGGUUGGCCUAGACGUAGUCUCAUCACAGCUCCACUUUUAAAUUGAUAAUCUCAAAGUGUAACCUAAUUGUAAUGUUGUUCAUCAUUGUUGUAAGUUAGAGAUAAACUGACUCUAAAUGUUUUCAAUUUUACUGCAUAUUUGUUGUGCAUUCUGAAUAGCUUACAGAGUUAUCAGUUUUAGUGUAUAGACGUAUUUUUAUGUUACAAUGUCUUAGGGUUUGCCUUCAUAUCUAAUAUUAUAAACCAAUAAAUUUCACUCGUUAGCUGUGAUGUUAGAUAGUUUUGGUUUUUUGUUUAUGUGUUUUCAAUAUGGAUUUUUACUCUGUAGGUAGCAUCCCUCGCUUAUAUACGGUACUAGGUGUGUCUGUGUCGUAUCCUAACUAAUUGUGCAUAGACUGUAUACAGGCCCGAGUCUAGGACCGGCCAUGCAAUUUAUCUACAAUUUCACCCCUACUUUCAUUUUGUAAAAAGUUUAUAAUGUUAAGUUAGUUUCCCCAAUACAAGUAAAUUUUUACAAUUUUGCAUUUAGUUAGGUUAUAAGUUGCUUAUUGAUAUUUUUUUUUAGAUUAAUUUAUAAGUAUUUAUUAUUUACUUAUUUAUUGAAGAAUAUGUGCAAAUAUUUUAGUUUUAAUUUUAAUGCAUCACAGCUGUUGGAAGUUUAUCGGAGCUGGUAUAAUUUGUCAUCACUUAUUACAACUCUUGUUACCUAGUUAAAAACUAAUUUAGUAACCUUUACAAAAUUUGUUUUAUAUUUCCUCUAGAUCUGUUAAUAAACUUUACUCUCUAUUGAAGUACAAAAUACAUAUGGUAUUUCUCUACAAUGAGAUUGGUUUGAAAAAGAAUUGUACAAACUUAGCAGAUAUUAGGAAAGAGUGCUUGUCUCUCAAUUUCAAGUAAAUGUUGAAUUCCCAGAAUUGUAAUAGUAUUUUUAAUACGAACAGUGCAAUAUUUGAGUCCAUGCAUGCAGUUAAGUGACCGCUAUCUCUCCAGCCUCCCAGUGUCUUGUUUUAAUGCACAUCUAUUGUUUGAUUCCAGCCUAAUGUUGUGCAAUGAUUGGUCUGAUAUAGUUCUUUUUCUUAAUUUUUAUAUCAUGUUGUAUUUAAAUUUUUAUCAAAGAGAGCUUGUUAAGAUUUUAAUCGUGUGGUAGUACAUCUUAUUCAGAUUGUUAGGCAAAUUUCAGUAACCUUAUUCAUAUAAUUAUAACAAAACUCCAUAAAAAUAUGGUUUAUUUCAAUUAUAAAAAUAAGAAAUUUGUAUUCCAAUCUUUGGAAAAAAAGAGGUAAAGGCUGUACAUCUAAGUUCUUGUAUAAUGUAUUUUCUGGUCAAAGUGUAGUCACUCUUGAAGUGAAUAUGGUAUUAGGUAUUAAACAAUUUUAGGAAUACAUACAUUUUUUUUAAUGGAAUAGCUACAGUUCAGAACUAAAUAAGCGGAUAAUAUAUGAUAAAUAUAUUAACGAUCCACUGUUGUAAAAUUUAAUCAACUGAUGUUAGUGGUUUGGGGUGGUAUUUAAGUGUGGAAGAUAGUUUAUUUAUAAAUUAAUUAAUUACUGACAAAUAAAAUUGAUGAUGCAUAUUAUUUUUCAUACAUUUUACAUGUCUAGUACAAUUAAUUAAAGCUUCCAAUAUUAAAAUGAAAACCUAUUCUCUUGAUAUGAUAUAUGAAUUGACGUUGGAUGAUGGAAUCUAGGAAACAAUUAAUUGCUAAAUUCAAUAAGUUUGUAUGUGACAAGAUAGAAAUGUGAAAUUUAUCGUUAGAGUUAACAUAAAUUGACCACCUUUAACGCUUUUAUUAUUCUUUAUUUGUAUUAUUUAUAUUUCAGAUUCUGAAAAUUCAUUAUCAGGUACGUAGGUUAAGGUCUUUACAAUCAUAAAAAGUAAAUAAAUUAAGAAAGUUUGUUUAUUUACUAAUGUUUUUUGUAAAGGCAGGGAGGCUGGCAGAUAUAGGGAGAGAUUAAGUGCUCACAUAUUUUUCUAUAAAAUAUGUACUACUCUACUGUGAUUUUGUUUGGAUAGAUGUGAUUGUUAUCUUUUCAUUGAAUGAAAAGAGGUUAUCUUAUUUAUUUAUUUAGUUUUAACGGAUCAUAAUAAUUAUACUGCUGAGAGCAUUAUAACUGUUAACUUGUAUUACAAACUAUAUUUAUUAUUUAUCUAUUUAGGGAAGCCACUUGUAUUAUAGGAGAUCUGAUCUUAUAUGUGAAAUGAUUUAUAUUAUACAACAAAGUGAAAUAAACAAACAUAGAUCAAUUAUAGUUUGGAAAGUUAGUAUUUUUGUCUGAGUAACAUUGGCACGAAAACCAUGAUAUUUUAGGUUUAUGUACUAUUUUAUUUUAGUAUUUUUAGUUAUUAGUCAAAGUCAAACUGAAUAUAGUGUAUGUCAGUAAAUGACUUUAACCAAAGAUGAAAUGGCUGUAAGUUCAGAAUUUUAGCAGUUAAUUAUUGAUACCAAAUAAACUUGGGUUUAAGUUUUGUACAACUUUUUUUAUCUGUAAUUGUAACAGUUUAUUAUUGAUUAGUUUCUUUUUUAGAUUGUAGCAUAGUUUCAAAGCUACAAUAAUAACUAGCCAUUUGUGAGUUAUACAUUUUUAUAAAUUAUAAAACUGAAUAGAACUCAUUCUUGACAGUGUAUUAAAUUAAUAAUCAAUUAUGUUGUUUUAAUUUAUUUGGAAAAUAACAUAAUUAUAUAACGGGUUGAGCCCUUUUUGGAGCAUGAGAGCUGUCCAGAAGAAAGCUUCCUGUGCAACAAAGAAACUUGAUUAUGAAAAGUCAAACGUUACUACAAUUAAUGUUUAUUAGACAAAUGAGACAUAUAACCUGUACCUAUUUUACCUAUAUAUUCUUUGCCCAUAUUUUAAAACUUAUCAUAAUAGUAAAAUAGGUUCUGUAUACUAAACAUCAUUCAAUUCAUAUUGUUCCACUCCAAAAAAUAGAUCAAAAUUGUACAUUAUCGUGACAUGGCUAUUUAUAAUUAGAGGAUUACAGUUGGUACGAGAUCAAAUUUUUCAUUCAAAUCUUUUAGUAUUUGAUUCAAUAUUAAAAUAUUUCAAUAUAGUUUGACCGACAACGCUAAACAAAAACAAAGAUAUGUUUCUGGACAGCCCUUGUGUAUUUUGUUAAAAAUUAUGUUAAUUUAUCAUUAUAAGUCACUGUCUUAUGUGGAACAAAUAUUAUGUAUACCAAUACAUUUGUUGGUAAAUUGUGGGUGUCGUAUUGUUUAGUACCCAAGGAGUGUUAAAAAUGUUAAAAUUGAAAGAAUAGGUAUUUUUGAUUUGCCCAAAAUGUUUUAUAGACAUAUUCUUAUGCAUAAGAAUAUUCCCUUGUAAAUAUGUUUACUUAUGUUCUUGUACAUGUAUAAAUGGCAUCCAGAUCGUGUCCAA